UAACACAUACACCAAGGAAAGAGAAUUCGUCCGGCAAUUCACUACAAGGUCUGAGGGUCUGAACCAAAAGGGAGUGUACUUGUAGAGUGGUGAAGGGAUUUAUGCAGGUGUAGGGAGGGUGGAAUUAUGGAAAAUCCGCAGGCCUGAUCCUAUUUAAAAGCAUCACUGAGGGUAAAAAGAAGCAUCUCAAAUUUAAGGGGGGUAAAGUUAUUUUUUAAAACUGCCUUUCAAUGGUUAUAAACCUUCAAUGGUUUGUUUUUAAUCCGAUGUUUCUGAGCAUCCAGUUAAUCUAUGCUCUCUGACAGGAAGCCUAUGGGUCUAUUGACACGUGGCCUGAAGCGAACUCUGGAUCAGGCCCUGGGUGUAGCCACGCCUGCACACUAAGCGUGGGGCGGGGCGGGGCGGACACCACGCAGGCCUGGUCUCCCAGCAUCCACCAAACCCUGGCUACGUUUUCACACGGCCCUGUCAUAACUCAGAACUAGAGGUGUCCACGUUUCUUUUAAUUUCAGUCAAUGCCAGUUACUCUUCUUCCCGGGUCCUUUGAAAUGAGAUACUCCCCAAGCAGGGGUGCACAACCCCACACAUACAGCGAACUCCAGAGAGUGUUCGUUCCUUUGGGAUCACAACCAGCACGGUGUGGGAAAGACCUCCAAGUCCAAGUCUCCUGUAUGCUAUGCCUGCCACUCGAAAGGCGCCUAUCUUGAUCUUCUGUACCUAUGAUGCUCAUCAGAACACAACUCCUGACAGCCUGGGGCCGACUCACUAGGCACCCGACCCCAUCGGCUCGACUUCAGCUCCAGACGGAGUUUUGAGGCGAUCUCCAGAGACGCCGCCCGCUGUCUCCCCUCACAGGCACACGUCGCGCUCCACAUGCUCACUAGGGCCAGGCUCGGUGAGUUACAAGACCCAGUAACUCCGGCGCUCAAUCAGCAGGGGAUCCCCCAUGCCCGUCAAGCCAAUCGCGGCAGGUGAGCCAAGACGAGCAGACCUGACGUCAGAAAAGAUCAAGUUAGUGCGUCAUCUAUACGUCAGCCUUUCGGCGGUCGGGUCCCGGGAGCAAAACUCCGGCGACUUUGGGCCCCGCCCUGCGAGGGUGGAGGGUGGCCAAUGAGGGCGGUUCUGAAGGAAACGCGACCAAUGAAAGGAGUCCGGGGCGGGGCGCGGGGCCGGAGGGUGGAGCGGGCGGCGGCGGUGGCAGUCGGAGGUCUGGCUGCGCUCAGUAUAUGACAGUACGUCAGCGGCGGGAUGGCCGUAGCUGUGGCGGCGGCUGCAGAAGCCGGAGCAGCCGCGGCCGCAGUGGAGGCUAGAGCCCGAGCGGUGUCGGCGGCUGCACCCCGGGGAGUUUAAGAUGGCGGCGGGGGGGGCGGCGGGCCUGCGAGAGGAGCAGCGCUACGGACUGUCGUGUGGGCGGCUGGGGCAGGACAACAUCACUGUACUGCAUGUGAAGCUCACGGAGACGGCGAUCCGGGCGCUCGAGACUUACCAGAGCCACAAGAAUUUAAUUCCUUUUCGACCUUCGAUUCGGUUCCAAGGACUCCAAGGGCUUGUUAAAAUUCCCAAAAAUGAUCCCCUCAAUGAAGUUCAUAACUUUAACUUCUAUUUGUCAAAUGUGGGCAAAGACAACCCUCAGGGCAGCUUUGACUGCAUCCAGCAAACAUUCUCCAGCUCUGGAGCCUCUCAGCUCAAUUGCCUGGGAUUUAUACAAGAUAAAAUUACAGUGUGUGCAACAAAUGACUCGUAUCAGAUGACGCGAGAAAGAAUGACCCAGGCAGAAGAGGAAUCCCGCAACCGAAGCACAAAAGUUAUUAAACCCGGGGGACCAUAUGUAGGGAAAAGAGUGCAAAUUCGGAAAGUACCUCAAGCUGUCUCAGAUGCAGUACCUGAGAGGAAAAGGUCAACCCCCAUGAACCCUGCCAACACAAUCCGAAAGACACACAGCAGCAGCAGUGUCUCUCAGCGACCAUAUAGGGACAGGGUGAUUCAUUUACUGGCCCUGAAGGCUUACAAGAAACCUGAGCUGCUUGCUCGACUCCAAAAGGAUGGUGUCAGUCAAAAAGACAAGAACUCCCUGGGAGCAAUUCUGCAACAGGUAGCCAAUCUAAAUCCCAAGGACCUCUCGUAUACCUUGAAGGAUUACGUUUUUAAAGAGCUUCAGAGGGACUGGCCUGGGUACAAUGAAAUAGACAGACGAUCAUUGGAGUCAGUGCUCUCCAGAAAACUAAAUCCAUCUCAGAAUGCUACCAGCACUAGCCGUUCAGAAUCUCCAGUGUGUUCUAGCAGAGACGCAGUAUCUUCUCCUCAGAAACGUCUUUCGGAUUCAGAUUUUAUUGAUCCAUUAAUGAAUAAAAAAGCCCGAAUAUCUCACUUGACGAACAGGGUACCGCCAACACUAAAUGGUCAUUUGAAUCCCACCAAUGAAAAAUCCACUGCAGGCCUCCCACUGCCCCCUGCAGCUGCCGCCAUCCCUGCCCCUCCACCGCUGCCUUCGACCCUUCUGCCUGUCUCACAUUCUCUCCAGAUUGUAAAUUCUAACUCCAAUUCCCCUAGCACUCCAGAAGGCCGGGGGACUCAGGACCUGCCUGUCGACAGUUUUAGUCAGAAUGGUAAUAUCUAUGAGGACCAGCAAGACAAGUAUACCUCUAGGACUUCUCCAGAAACCUUACCCCCUGGGUCAGAUCUACUAAAGUGUCCAAAGCCUAUGGAAGAAAACCAUUUGAUGUCUCACAAAAAAUCUAAAAAGAAGUCUAGAAAACACAAGGAAAGAGACCAAAUCAAAAAUCAGGACAUUGAGACUGUCGAGGAAAAGGAGGAAGACCUUAAGAGAGAAGAGGAAAUUGCCAAGCUGAGUGACUCUAGUCCGAAUUCCAGUGGAGGAGUUAAAGAGGGUUGCAUUGCCUCCACGGAACCGUCAACAAUUCAACUCCCAGAUUAUUUGAUAAAAUAUAUCUCUAUCGUCUCCUAUGAGCAACGCCAGAACUACAAGGAUGACUUCAAUGCUGAGUAUGACGAGUACAGAGCUCUGCAUGCCAGGAUGGAGACUGUAGCUAGGAGAUUCAUCAAACUCGAUGCGCAGAGAAAGCGCCUUUCUCCGGGUUCAAAAGAGUAUCAGAAUGUUCAUGAAGAAGUCUUACAAGAAUAUAAGAAGAUCAAACAGUCUAGUCCCAAUUACCACGAAGAAAAGUACAGAUGCGAAUAUCUUCAUAACAAGCUGGCUCACAUCAAAAGACUAAUAGGUGAAUUUGACCAACAGCAAGCAGGGUUGUGGCACUAGAGCUCUGCUGGAACCAGAAGAUGUGAAUAAACUUAAGCUUAUUUAUUUAAAAUUCCAAAUGAGUUAUUCUAGAUUCUAAAAAGAUGAAACUUUGCCUGUUAAAAGUUUCAGUGUUAGUAAACUUGAGUUCCUUUUUUUUUCUUUUCCAUUUUACUUUGCUUCCCUGCAUUUCAAAGCUGCUUUUUCUGGUCCUUUUUCUCCCCCUCAAGACUUGUGUUUGUUAAUAGAAAAUAAUUUUUAGGUAGUGGGAUCCAAUGUCUAUACUUCAAAUCAAUUGUUUUUCCUCAAAAAGUUGUGUUUGUCAUUAUAAAUGAUUUUUUAGAUAUUGGGGAUCCAUUGUUCACACUUAAAAGUUGUGUGUGUUUAAGAAAAAGUAACAUGCAAGGCAAAAUGCUUUUGGAUAAACAUAAGCCUCUUUUCUGACCUUUCUUAAUGCGAACUCUUUGCCUUAAAUGGUAGAAUAUUUAGAAAUUUGCACAAAAUACAAAAAAAAAAUUAAAACAUUGUCUUGGAGGGUUAAAAAACAAAAAGGUAUCUGAGUAUGUAUAUGUGUACAGAGUUACAUACACAUAUGUAUUUACAGACUGGCUUGAUCUAGAACAUUAAAUCUACCCUGCAAGUUAACCCCCCAUUGCAAUGGUUGCCUUAAGGUGUUUGCUAGUUAUGUACAUAGUGUGGUUAAUCCUUAGCUACACUGCUUCCCACUUGAUUAGUGUAACGGGAAGUAUACCGUGGCCUACCAGCGUCUGAAAGUGUGCUCAGCCUGUUUGCGUGCAGAGGUGGUGUGGAUGUGAGCGUGUGUGAAGGAAAAAAAGCUGCUACUCUCAGUAGGCCAAACGCUCAGGUUAAACAACUGACGAGUGUUACUGUAGGGGUUUUUUUUUUUUCUGUCAAACUGCUACUUUUGUGGAAGACAAAAGCAUUUCCAUUUCAACUGUUUGUCAGCUUUAUUAAUGUUGGGAAAAAAUUAAUAUCUUAUGAAAAUGAAACAGAUCUAUAGUUUUGGGACAAAAUUAUAAAACUAAUUGUGUAGGUAACCUAUUUAUAUACUGCUAUAAAGUAUUUUUUGAAGAGAGAUAUGCAAAGAAGCUAUUACCUACAUGAGAUGUAUAUUUAAAGAUUUUUUUUUUUCUUCCUGGGCACCAGGAAUAUAAAGAAGAGUGGAUAUAUUUAACAUAACAUACUGUGAUUCAUCAAACAGCACAAACUUUCAUUUCAUGGAGUUUAUCUGUUGGCGUUGAUUUACACUAUCAUUUGUUUUAUCAUGUGGGAACAUAAGUUAUAUGGUCAAAAAGACAAGGAUCUUAAACUAAUGUUGAUUCAAGUUGUGUUGUCUUAUUGUAUUGUCUUUUCAAAGUGCUGCCAGUUGAAAAGGGAAGCAUUAUGUUUACAAAUCUGUUUUGAAAUGUUUGCCAAAAUUUUGGUCGUGUCUUUAAUAAAGAUAUUUGUCUUGAGCAUCCACAAAAAUAAAU